AUGGAGUUUAUGGGUUUUGGUGUGAGGUGGCGGUCUUGGAUUCAAGGUUUAUUGAAAAAUGCUAGAUCUUCUGUUCUUGUUAAUGGCAGCCCAACUGAAGAGUUUAAUCUUCUUAGAGGUCUUCGACAGGGUGAUCUGAUCUCUCAUUUUUUGUUUCUAAUUGCUAUGGAGGGUCUUCAUAUAGUUAUGGAGGAUGCGGUUGUUUCUGGAAAUUUUCGUGGGGUUGAGAUUGAAGAGGCUAAUUUAGAGAUUUCUCAUCUUUUUUAUGCAGAUGUUGCUUUGUUUUUGGGGGUGGGUGUUAAUCAGUUUGAAGUUAUUUCUCUUGCUUCUAUUAUGGGAUGCGCUGCAACUAAUUUUCCUUUUUCUUAUCUUGGAAUUCUGGUGGGUGGGUCGAUGAGUUGUAUUAGUAGCUGGGAUGUGAUUGUGGAUAGAUUUCGUAACAGACUCUCUAAAUGGAAAGUUAAAAUGCUUUCCAUAGGUGGCCGUUUAACUCUGGUUAAAUCAGUUUUGCGCAGCCUUGGGAUUUAUUUCUUUUCUUUGUUCCGUAUGCCGGUAACAAUUUUUCAUUUAUUGGAGUCGUUUAGGGCUCGUUUUUUUGGGGUAUGGAGGAAGAUCAAAGGCGUAUUCAUUGGGUCAAAUAGGAUACUAUCCUUAAUUCCAGGGAUAAAGGUAGGUUACAGGUUGGCAGUUUGGAUGCGUUUAACCGGGAUCUCCUUUUUAAAUAGAAGUGGCAGUUUCUUCAUGAGUAGUCUUCUUUAUGGGUGA